GUCGUCAGAGACCAGCAAUCAAAAACUCCAAGUUUGGUAUUUGAAUAUGUAAACAGCACAGAUUUCAAAGUCCUCUAUCCAACAUUUACAGACUAUGAUAUCCGGUUCUAUAUUUAUGAACUUCUUAAGGCAUUGGAUUACUGUCAUUCCCAAGGAAUUAUGCAUCGUGAUGUCAAGCCUCACAAUGUUAUGAUUGACCACGAGCUUCGCAAGCUUCGCUUGAUUGAUUGGGGACUUGCUGAGUUUUACUUUCCUGAGAAGGAGUACAAUGUUCGUGUUGCUUCGAGGUAUUUUAAGGGGCCUGAAUUGCUUGUUGAUUUCCAAGGGUAUGACUACUCUUUGGAUAUGUGGAGCCUUGGCUGUAUGUUUGCUGGAAUGAUAUUCCGCAAGGAACCAUUCUUCUAUGGUCACGACAACCACGACCAGCUUUUCAAAAUAGCCAAGGUUCUAGGUACAGAUGAACUUAAUGCUUAUUUGGUAAAAUACAGAAUUGUGCUUGAUCCUCAGCUAGAGGCACUGAUUGGGAGGCAUAACAGGAAACCUUGGUCUAAGUUUGUGAAUGCUGAAAAUAGGCAUCUCGUGUCCGAAGAGGCCAUCGACUUUCUUGAUAAACUUCUUCGCUUUGACCAUCAAGAUAGGCUUACAGCCGAAGAAGCCAUGGCGCAUGAGUACUUUCAUCAGGUGAGGGCAGCAGAAAACAGCAGGGGGAGAACGUAGCCAAGAGCCCAAGAGAGCCAAGAGAAUUGAGACGCGAAAGCUGCUUCUGUUGAACAGUCGUGGAAUUAGAUCCAUCUAGCAUCGAAUUGAUGCAGAAGUUGAUUACUUGACCUGAUGGUUGGGAUGCUGUCAUGAAUCUCUGAUUGGCUCCUGAAAUUUUCUUUAUUUUCUUUAUUACUUGGAAGUUUAAACCGCGAGUCUACAAAACAGACAGGCUACGCGUUGUCAUGACUUGAUGAUUAGUUUUUAUGCAACUAAAAGUUCUUGA